AAUAACUCGUUAGUUAAACUAGCAAGUUUCUUCUGCUUCCAGCAAUGAGAUUAGAGUUCCUCCGCAGAAGAAUUGCACUCCCAAACUGCGCCAUUUUCCGCACCAUUUUCGCUUUUGGAUCGAAAUCCAUCCUCUCCCUUUCUUCAAUUGACAUUCCAAAUUCUCAAACCCUAACGGAAGGAUCUGAAUGCAGGGAAGCUCCCGGCGACUCUCUGUCGUCGAGAGUGGAGAGGCUUCAGUGCGGGGAGCCGAUUAUCUCUGCCUUUCAGAGCUGGAUGCGAGACGGAUUCGCCGUUCACCGAGGACAAGUGUUCCACGCCAUCAAUCGGCUGAGGAAGCUCCGCUUGAGCAAAAGAGCGCUCCAGUUCAUGGAAUGGAUUAUGAGGGAGAGGCCUUAUAAAUUAAAAGAACUAGACUACGCUUAUCUGUUAGAGUUCACUGCCAAGGUUUAUGGCAUCUCAGAAGCCGAAAGCCUAUUUCUUCGAAUCCCGCAUGAGUUUCACAAUGAAUUGCUCUACAACAACCUCGUCUUGGCCUGCUUAGAUAAAGGCCUAAUAAGACUUUCUCUCAAUUACAUCCAGAAAAUGAGACAAUUAUCUCUCCCCAUUUCUCCUUAUGCUUACAAUAGAUUGAUUAUCCUCCACUCACCUUCGAGCCGUAGAAAAAGAAUCCCCAAACUCCUCAAACAGAUGAAAGCGGAUGGAGUUCCACCACACACAUCUACUUACAACAUUCUCCUGAAAAUCGAAGCUGACGAGCACAACAUGGAAGGUAUUUCGAUGGUUUUUAAUGAAAUGUUACGAGCCAAAGUUGAUCCCAACGAGAUCACAUAUGGAAUUAUGGCCAUGGCUCAUGCUGUAGCGAGAUUGUACACAGUCUCGGAGAUGUAUGUGGAAGCCAUUGAGAAGAUAAAAACUGGUAAGAACUGGUCCACAUUGGACAUCUUGCUCAUCUUAUAUGGCUAUCUGAGGAAAGAAGAUGAGGAAGAUGAGCUAGAGAGGACAUGGAAGCUUGUUGGAGCUCUUCCUCAUGUAAGAUCCAAAAGCUUUUUAAUCAUGAUUGAGGCAUUUGGAAGAAUGAAACGUGUUGAUAGGGCCGAAGCGAUAUGGGAGGAGAUGAAGUCGAUGGAGCUGGUGAAGAAGACAAGUCAACAUAAUUCCAUUAUUUCUGUGUACUGCAGACAUGGAUUGGUAGACAAAGCAUCAGCAUUGUUUGAAGAGAUGCGAGAAAGUGGGUGCGAACCGAACGCGAUAACGUAUCGCCACCUCGCGUUGGGUUGCUUAAAUGCUGGUUUGGCUGAGGAGGCUUUGAGGACUUUGGAGUUGGGAAGAGAUGAGGAAGUGAGCUCUCGGGUGAGGAGAUCCACACCAUGGCUUGAGACCAAUCUUAUGUUAGUUGAAGCUUUUGCUGAUAUUGGUGAUAUAAUGAAUGCUAGGAAAUAUUUUAGAGUUUUUAAGGAGACGAAGUAUUGUAGAUAUACUUUUGUGUAUAAUAGUCUUCUGAAAGCUUAUGUGAGGGCCAAGGUUCAUGAGCCUGAAUUUCUGGGAAAUAUGAUACUCGCGGGAGCUAGGCCGGAUGCUGAGACUUAUAGUCUCCUGAGAAUUUUGGAGGAAUUUAAGGUUUAAUGUACUUUUAUUGUAUUUCCUUAUAACAAUUAUACAGCAUUUAUCAUGAACCGUAGUUUCAAUUUGUGAGCAAGUAAAAUGUGCUACUUUCUAGAAAGUAUUACAAAUAUAUCCCUGCACAUAUGUGACAUUUUUUAGCAUAUUUAGUUGGAUUAAUGAACCAAACGGAUCAAACUAAGGAGAAUUGGCUUUGAUUGACCUCUUCUCCUUCUUCACAGUCAGAUUGUUCAAGCGGAAGAUAGGGACUAACUUUGU